GUUUGUCCAUCCAGCAGCACAAGAAGUUGAGAGAGAAUUGAGUUUCCCUUAUUUCAAGGCACACACCAUUUUGGCUUGUCUGCUAGUUGUAGAUCAGAUCAGAGAAAGAAAGAAAGCUAAGAAAGAUGAUUAGGUCAAUCACAGGCAUUCCAGGGCCAAGUGGGUUUGGUUCAGCUUCCACUGCUGACCAAGUCACUCUGGGCAUUCAUGCUUCCAACCUCACUGCCAUUGUUACAGGUGGUGCAAGUGGCAUUGGGUUAGAAACCGUGAGAGUUUUAGCCCAAAGGAAAGUGCACGUGAUCAUAGCUGCGAGGAACACGGACGCUGCAAAAGACGCAAAAGACCUUAUCCUGAGAGACAACAGAACAGCUAAAGUUGAUAUCAUGAAACUUGACCUCAACUCAAUCAGAUCAAUCAAGGCAUUUGCUGAUGAUUUCAAAGCCCUUAGACUCCCCCUCAACAUCCUAAUAAACAAUGCGGGAAUCAUGUUCUGUCCAUUUCAGCUCUCGGAAGAUGGAUAUGAGAUGCAAUUCGCGACGAACCAUCUCGGUCAUUUUUACUUGACAAAUCUCCUCCUAGAUAGAAUGAAGGAAACUGCAAAAGCCACUGGCAUUGAGGGUAGGAUUGUGAACCUGUCAUCAAUUGCUCACCGUUAUCCUUACAGAAAAGGGAUAAGAUUUGACAAGAUUAAUGACAAGAAGAGUUAUGAUGACAAAAUGGCAUAUGGGCAAUCAAAGCUAGCCAAUAUAUUACAUGCCAAUGAGCUUUCUCGACGUUUACAGGAAGAGGGAGCAAAUAUUACUGUUAAUUCAGUGCAUCCAGGGGUGAUAAUGACAAAUCUGAUGAGACACUCUACCAUUACUAUGAAUAUUUUGAGGGUUUUCACUUCAGUGAUUUGGAAGAAUGUACCUCAGGGGGCAGCUACAACUUGUUAUGUGGCACUUCAUCCGGAUCUUAAGGGCGUCACGGGAAAGUACUUCGUUGAUUGCAACGUGUGCAAGCCAACGAAGCUGGCCAGAAGUGAAGCUUUGGGAAAAGAGCUUUGGGAUUUCAGCAACCAGCUGAUUCAAGAAGCUCAAAAGAAGUGAAGAAUGCAUGUCUUCCCUAUCUACCAUAAUUAUUUAAUUUGUUGUGUCUAAUUAAAAUAAUUAUUAUGCACUUAAAUAUUUUAUAUUGGUGGUUGGUUGGUUGGUUGUAGCCUGCAUUGAGGGCAUGAAACAAUAUUGUAACUAUUAAGUAAUGGCAAGAGUGCUGGAUUAUUUGCGUUUUAUUUUAUU